UUCCUCUGGAGAAAUGUCUUCUUAUUGUAAAGAAUCAUUUGGCUCCACCUCCUGCUUCUGUCGCCCACUGGUCGCCCCCCAUACACGUCUUUCCGGUCGGGCUUGAUCUCAUCUCCGUGCUGCUAGUCCUGAAGAAACAAACGCUCCAUUCUGUCGUCUUUUAUUUGUGUAGUCAAAUAAAAGGCUCGUUUGAUUGUUUUACGGUUUGGGGACAGAACCGGAGCACUUUCCCGUCUCUGACCGGAGGAGCAGCAGCAGGAGCUCGGCGGAGGAGAGAGAGGCAGGCGGAGAGCGCCGAGCAUCGGCUGGACGCAAUACAAAGGUAACGAGGCUCCUCUGUGAGCGGACUGCUUGUGUUUUCAGUGGAGACGGAGGAACGGUGUUUUUGCUACGGAGAGCAGAGGAUGUGAAUCGCCAGUGAGAGCGUGAUGGCCGAGCAGGAGGCGCUCUGUUGCAGCAGCAUCGAGCAAAAUGUCCCCGGGUCCUGGUUUGAGGAGUGAAAGCAGAGUGGCUAUCCUUCGUUCCGCAGACUCCAUUACGCACCAGCUGCUGCUGCUCCUAAAUGCGUUCAUUCCUGUUUCCGCUCUGUUCCCGUUCACGCUGUGAGAGGAUGGCUGGCUGGCGUUGAGGAGAACCAGUGUCGGCCCCUCGCUGGCUUCUGGAUCGCGUGUUCUUCCUGCGGCAGAACCACGGACAGCGACGAUGACUCGGCUGCGCAGGAAAGCGCUGGUGGCGCUUUUCCUCUUCACGCUCUUCAUUUUUGGGACCAUGAUGGGCCUGAGGACGCUGAAACCCAGCGACGGCUUUUCGGACCUGGCUCCUGGUAUGGAUUUCAUCGGGGAGAGGUCAGAGAGGAGGCGGCUGGAUGUGAAAGACGUGGUGGUUUCCCCAGGUCAGUUCCACAUGAGCAGCAGCGACACGAAGGUGGUUUUCACCAGAUCGGACCGGGAGUACAGCAUAUUCUACGACGUCCACAUCUUCUACUACCUGUGGUACGGCUCUCCCAGCGUGGACAACAAGUACAUCCACUGGGAUCACGUGCUGGUGCCACACUGGGACCCAAAGAUCGCAGCCAGCCAUGCUCAAGGAAAGCACACGCCUCCGGAUGACAUUGCCUCGAGUUUCUACCCCGAGCUGGGACCCUACAGCUCGAGGGACCCGAAGGUGUUAGAGUCACACAUGGCCCAGAUAGAAGCGGCCGCAGCGGGAGUGCUGGUUUUGUCCUGGUAUCCUCCAGGGGUGGGGGACGACCACGGGGAGCCCACAGAGGACCUCGUUCCUACCGUUAUGGACGCUGCCCACAGGCACAGCAUCAAGGUAACUGGUGAGACAACCG